UAGAGUUAUCAAGUUUAUUUUUUAUUGAGAUGAUCAAAAGUCUCAUAACUGACCAGCACUAAUCAGAAAUGUGUCAUUCAAACAGAUAAAUAGUUUGUUGCUAAGCCACUCAGGUUGGGGAAUAUUCAGUUGUUGUUUUUCUGGCUCUAAUUGGUUCGUUAAGUUUGCAGAAACCAGAGGCUGGAGUCUGAGCGCUGCUCUGUCAGUCAGAGUGGUUAUUAAUAUGUGAGGCAAUGGGAGGAGAGCCAGAGAGCAGCACACUGAGCUCCAUCAUGUUGUAACGUCUUACAGGCUGGACUCUUUGCUCUCUGAUUAUGGAUAAUGUUUCUGUUGUAAGAACCUUCACUCUCACAGGAAUAAAUGAGACUAUGGACUACAGAACUACAAUAUUCUCACUCACUUUGGUGUAUUACUGUGUGAUUUUAUUCCUAAAUAUCUCCCUCAUUGUUAUUAUUGUCUUGGAUGAAAACUUGCAUGAGCCCAUGUAUGUCUUACUGUGCUGCGUUUGCAUUAACGCGGUUUACGGCACCACAGGUUUCUACCCUAAGUUCCUGUUAGACCUGCUGUCGUUUGCUCAGGAGAUUUCCUACGAGUGGUGUCUCUUCCAGGCCUUCGUCAUGUACUCGUUCGCCUGCGGUGAGCUGUCCAUCCUGGCCGUCAUGGCGUACGACAGGUACCUGGCUAUCUGCCGGCCGCUGCACUACCACUCGUUGAUGACGAAGAGAAAGCUCUUCCAGCUGGUGAGUUUCUCGUGGCUGACGCCGUUCUGCGUCUACUCCGUCAGUAUUCUGCUCACUUCCAGGCUGGAGCUGUGCAGGCUGAAGAUUAAGAGGCUGUUCUGCAUGAACUGGAUCAUCGUUCAGCUCGCCUGCCCCCACAGCGACACUCUCUCCAAUAACGUCGUUUCGUACGCGACGAUGUUCCUCUACGUGUCUCACGGCUUUUUCAUCAUUUGGACUUACAUGCACCUCGUCAGAGUGUGUGCAACCUCCAAGGAUGACAGGGUGAAGUUCAUGCAGACGUGCGUGCCUCAUCUGGUCUCUUUGAUCACUUUCCUGACGGUGAUCGUGUUCGAUCUGAUGUACAUGCGCUACGGCUCGGCGGAUAUGCCCCAAAGCCUGCAGAACUUCAUCGCCAUAGAGUUCCUCCUCAUUCCCCCGAUGAUGAACCCGCUGAUUUACGGAUUUAAGUUGACCAAAAUACGAAACAGAAUCCUGAGUUUGGUUUAUCUUAGAGCCCAAUGAGAACAUACUGAUUUAUUGAUUGACAAAUUGUGAUUGUUUCUUAAGCACCACAACAUAGAAAAUGAUUCCUAGAACUGAGAUAAGAACUGAUGAAUCCAGAAUGUAAACAUAAGAUAAAUAAAUCCUGAUUUAUUUAGUGUUUUUCUUGUAAAUUAGCUGUUUUAAUGCCAAAUAAAAUCGUCUCACAUUA